AUGAAUGAACAAAGAGUUCCUGGAAACCUAAAAGUGACCAUUGCUUCUACCUAUUUGGAAGGACAAACUUAUCAUUGGUGGGAAUCUGUCUUGGCUAUGCCUGAUGUUGAAAUUGCAAUCUGGGUUGCCUUUGAGACAAUAUUUCUAAAGAAAUAUUUUCCUGAAACUAUGAAAACCAUGAAGGUACGUGAGUUCACUAAUCUUUAUCAAGGUGAUAUGACUGUGGGACAAUAUCAAGCUAUGUUUGAAGAACUAAUGUGUUUUGCUCCUUACAUGAUUCCUGAUGAGUCUGCAAAAGCAAAGAAAUUUGAAGAAGGGUUGAGACUAGAGGUCGAGGAGAAAGUGGAAAUUUUUAAAUUGAAAAAGUAUGCUGAAGUUGUUGAUUGUGCCAUAAUGGCCGAACAAAGGAUACUUAUUUCUACGAGAGUUUUUGAACCUAAGAAUCCUAACGGGGGACAAAGUAGUAAACGCCAACAAUUUUUCCCCUCUCGUUCCCAGUAUCAAAAUCCGAGAUCAUUUGAGGCAACUCAAAACUCAGGAUUUUGUUAUCAUUGUUGGCAGAUAGGAUAUUACAGAAGGGAUUUUCCCCAGCUACAGUCGUAUCAGAUACCUGUUGUUCCACAACCACAACCACAGUUCCGUGCACCACAGCAACAAUUUCAAGCUUUACAAACACAGUACUCUGCUCCGUACCAAGCCCCAUAUCAAGAUUCACAUAAUCAGUUUAGAGGUCUUCUUAAUCAACAGACACAACAUCCGAGGGGACAACCUACACAACAGAGGCCUAAGGCACCAGGAAUAGCAAGGAGACCAGAACAAUUCACUCAAGGACGAGUAUAUGUUGUUGGACAAGUGACAGAGAAAAAUAAACCUACUAUAGUGGAAGGUACAUUUCUAGUUUUUAACCCAUGGGCUAGAAUAUUGUUUGACCCUGGUGCUACAAAUUCAUUCAUAUAUGUGUCAUUUGCAUCUAUUCUUGGAUUAGAAUAUGAAUUUAUGAAAUCCUUGUUGAUGAUUGGAUCUCCAUUAGGUAAAUGUGUUGAAGUUAAUAAGUUGUGUAGAUCCUGCCCAAGAGAGAUAUCAUAUCAUAAAUUUGUUGUUGAUCUAAUGAUGUUGGAAUUCAUGGUGUAUGAUGUAAUAUUGAGGAUGGACUUGCUUACCCAAUUUAAAGCUAUUCUUGAUUGUGGUAGAAAGAUAGUGACUAUGACUGCCAGUGAGGGGAAAACAUUCAGUUUUUAUGGAAAUAGGAAUAGUUGCAAGCCUGAAUCAAUCUUGGAUAAUAGAUGUACCCUCCACAUCGGAUGGCACCAGUAG